AGCAUGUCAUCAUUCUUGAAUCUAGUCGACUUUGAUGGAUCUAUAAAGAGAAACAAGAAACAGGAAGCUGUACUCAACACAUUUAAUGAUCGUGAAAGAUUCUUACGCGAGUUGCAAGCGCAGCGGAAGGCACGGGCAAUAGAUCACAAACAGCAGAAAGCUGCUAUAGUUAUACAACGAACUUGGCGUGCCCACAGAGCUCGGGAUAAAAUAGGACAGCAGCUUCGAGAAGAGUUUGAUGAAAUUGGACGGCCAACAACGAAAGAGGCACUGAAUCUUCAAGUAAUGAGAAUGAAUAUGUUUUAUCGUUAUCCUGAAGACGAUGGGAGACUGGUUAUGCUGUGCUCUGCUGCUCUGGGAUUGCAUCGUGCGAGCAAAGGUGAAGCUGAACUCGUCGCAACACAAAGUCGAUUGGUAUUUUACAAGUGCCUUUUGAAGUACCUAUCUCAUGCUGAAAAGGACACCAAUUUUGUUAUGCCUGUCAGGUUUUUGGAAACUUUUCUUGAUUCCAGUGAUUGCUCGUAUCUGGCUAAGUUGCACUAUUUCGACUGUAUGCUUGAUCUGGUAGCAAAAAAUGCACCAGAGAGAGAUGGAGCGGCUAUAGUAAUGGAAACGCGGUUGUCACCGCGACUGGAGUCACUUUGUGAGCAGCUGGUGCUACCGGUCAUGAAGGUUGCAGGAAAGCAAAGAAUCGCUAUCAUUCGCUAUCUUAUACGAUCCAUUUGUACGAAUUCUCACCCGGAUGCAAUGAUUUCGUUGAUAAUUCCAUUCUUUUGCCGCUUACUGGGAACAUCGAGAAUCUCGCUUCGCGAAGCAUUAGAAGUUUUCAACAAUCCUGGAGCGGACACGAUACCAGCUGGAGUAACUUCUACUUACAUUCUAGCGUUACUGUUGGGAAUAUGUGAGCAUACAGAAGUAUCCAAUGAAGACAAAUUUCUACUACUGUCGCAAUGUGCUAGGUACAAGCAGGCUAUGCAUCAGUUGGAAGCCAAAGGCAAGCUUCCACGGAUACCUGAUCAAGAGGCUCAAGCAUUUAUGCUUUCGUCAAUCAAUGCUGCUUUCGAGUCGCCCGCUUUUUCUGCGUUAUGCAAAAAUGCAGUACAAUCUCCGAAUGAUGAAAACAUUUGGUCUUUAAUAGCUUUUGAGAAGCAGAUCCGAAAUUCGGAUACUCUGAUGUUGUUGUCAAAUUCGGCUGCUUGUAUGAACAGGUUAUGGCAAUUACUCAUGGGUCUGCAAUCUCGUUCUGAAUCUGGACGAUUGGCGAAUAACAUAGAUCUGCUCAAAAUGGGACAUUCUUUGGAUGAUGUAUCGAGGGACAAGCUAACUCAGACAUUCUCGCUGUUUUGUGGUUGUCUUGUAGCCUACAUAACCUCUAUCGACGAUGCUGAUUUUGUUGCGGGAAAUCCGUACAUCAUUUUCAGCAACGAAAAGCUUACGGAAUUUAUCACAGUGAUCAGGGAUGUCGGCCUGGGCCUGAUAGAUCUCGCAUUCCCCGAGGACUUUUUCAUCACCGCUAAAGCAGCCGAAGAGAGAAAUCGCGAUGCAGCUAAGUGGUCGACCUUAUACGAGACUGUCAUUAGCACUCUGCAGUCCCUCUACGCGAAGGACUCGCGUGUGCACUUCCUGCCCCAUGAAUUCUGGAGUAAUCAUCAGCGACAGGUUGUUGUCACAAGGAGAUCGUUUUUGCCUCCAAAACGACGUGGAUUCGCAACGGAAGCACAACAGCGGAUGUUUACACCAUUUAGUUUUGUGCGAUUCUUGCAUGGUAGACCAAAAUUGGGAAGUGACAGCAGCAGCGAUAGUGAAGAUGAGGCUGGUCCUUCGCAUGAUUUGCCUGCCACUAGUGCAGAUAUGAGAAAUUUGAGUAUUAUCCGUUCGAUUCCAUUUGUGGUGCCCUUUAUGCAGAGAGUGAAGAUUUUCCAAGAUUUAUUGGCGCACGAUCGCGAGGCUAAUGAUAUUGUGGAUGAUUUUCAUAGUUUUGCAGGCCUAGGAUCGCGACGGAAUGGUAUCAGCAUAGCGGUACGUCGGCAACAUCUAUACGAGGACGCUUUCGAGGCGCUAUCGCUUGGGAAUGCUCCUAAUCUUCGCUUACCAAUACGGGUGUCGAUGACAAAUUGGGUUGGACUGAAUGAGGUCGGCAUUGACGGCGGUGGGAUUUUCAGAGAAUUUUUGACGGAGCUACUUCGAACUGGAUUUGAUCCAGAUAGAGGAUUUUUCAAGUAUACGCAUGAUAGGUUGCUUUAUCCUAAUCCGUCAUCUAUGCAGCUGUAUCCAGAUUCGUAUUCUCAACACUUCUUCUUCUUAGGACGAGUAGUUGCGAAGCUAAUUUACGAGAAACAAAUGGCAGAAAUACGUUUUGCCGAGUUCUUCGUUGCACAGUUAUUAGGAAAGCGGCACACUGAUGUUGAUCUACAUCACAUGAAAUCAUAUGAUCCGGCGAUCUAUAAACAUCUGAAGAAUUUGCGCUGUAUGUCAGCAGAUGAAUUAGCAGCUUUAGAACUUGAUUUUAGCGUUAUCGUGGAUGACAUGGGAGAUGUUCAGACAAUAGAUCUUGUUCCUGGUGGUCGAAAUAUACGGGUUACGGUCGACAAUCGUUUGGAGUACAUAAGAACAUAUGUGAACUUGUUCCUCUACAAGCGGAUUGAACCUUUGGUGGACGCAAUGCGUGCCGGAGUGUCUACAGUGAUAGAUCCGAACUGGCUAGCAAUGUUCUCUCCUUCUGAAUUGCAAACUUUGGUGAGUGGAGCAGAUGCUGAUCUUGAUGUGGACGAUAUGAUGAAGCACACUGCUGUUCAUAAUAUACGAGAUGAUGCUGAUCGUGAUUAUAUGAAUACGUUCUGGAGUGUGGUUUCGGAGAUGUCUCCCGAAGACAAACGCGGAUUGUUGAAAUUUAUCACGGGUUGCUCACGUCCACCAAUUGAAGGAUUCAAGAUGCUUUAUCCAGCUAUAGGAAUUCAGUUGGUACACGACUCUGACCAUUUACCUACGAGUGCUACAUGUAUGAAUCUUUUCAAAUUGCCUAUAUAUAAUUCUCGUGCCAAGCUUGAGGACAAAUUGAGGUAUGCCAUCAAUGCUGGAGCUGGCUUUGAGCUGUCUUAA